GCCACUCGAGAUCACACGCUCGUGAAGAAAGAGAGAGAGAGAGGUGGAGAGACACAGAGGAAGAGAGGGAGGGAGACAGAGCCACACGGUCAAACUGAGCUUUAUCUCUCGCGCUGGGUCACCCAGAAAGAGCCACUUGGAGCCAGAGGCGACCCUGGAGCGCGCAGGAGCCGCAGUCAGUCUCAGACCAUCAUAAUAAAAGCAUUAGCAGCAGUCAGGGAACAGAGAGCACAUUGCUGCACAGAGAAGGAACAAAAAACACGGAAGAGAAGUGAGUGAGGGACGGACGGCAAGACUAGCAGUUGAAGUUUUACUGUGCGGGAUAAUAAAACGAAAUUUGGCUAAAAAUUGAAACUCAAGAGAAAGUGUUGGUGAAGAUGCCGCGGGUAGUCCCGGACCAGAGGAGCAAGUUUGAGAAUGAGGAGUUUUUCCGCAAGUUAAGCAGGGAGUGUGAGAUUAAAUACACUGGGUUCAGGGACCGGCCCCACGAGGAGAGACAAGCUCGCUUCCAGAACGCUUGCAGGGAUGGACGAUCAGAAAUAGCAUUUGUAGCUACAGGUACCAACCUCUCUCUACAGUUCUUUCCAGCCAACCUGCACGGAGAUCAGAGGCAGGUUCCUGCAAGGGAGUAUGUCGACUUCGAGAGAGAGACGGGAAAGGUCUAUUUAAAGGCUCCCAUGAUCUUGAACGGGGUGUGUGUGAUGUGGAGAGGCUGGAUUGACUUGCAGAGACUGGAUGGGAUGGGAUACCUGGAGUAUGAUGAAGAGAGGGCGCAGCAAGAGGACGCUUUGGCCCAGGCAGCCUUUGAAGAGGCUCGACGCAGAACCAGAGACUUUGAAGACAGAGACCGAUCACACAGAGAGGAUCUUGAGGACCCUGUGGUUUCUAAAAUCUGGGACUGAUGACACAGACAGGCAGCCAGCAGAAAAGAACAGGUCCAGACGACAGCAGGACCCCAGCCCUGGCUCCAACAUGGCCAACGCUGACGUGGAACACAAGAUGCGCUGAGGAGAAAGAGAAGAGGAAGUACUGCAAGGAGGAAGAGAAGAAAACUAGGGCUGACUGUCUGUUCACUUUCAAUACAUCAACAACAACAAAAAAGCAUCUGAGAUUGCAAUGUUGACCAAUGUUUUCAGCAUUUGUUCUUUGUUUCCUUUUAGGUCUGAUAUGUUUUUUUUUUUUUUUUGAGACUCAAAUCAUUUUGUUUACAUUUUGGAAUUUAGAAGAAAACAACUUCCUCAGUUGAUUGCAUUGAAAGUGAACCAAGCCCCACAAUUAGAAGUGAUCCCAGGAAUAAGUAGCCAACAGACCUGGGCAAAAAGUAUUUGAAUAUAUUUAAACGCAGAGGAAGGUUUAUGAGAGUUUGAAUUAGCAUUAUAUUGCAAAUAUGACACAUCCGAGGUUGAAGUUGUAUUCAGUCAAGUGAGUAUUUAAUCUAUAUAAAGUAAAGAUCAAAACAUUCAGACUUCUAUUUAUUUUUUGUCCAGGUCUGAAACUAUUUUAUGGAUGGAUCCAAGUACCAAAAGGUAUAUUUUCUAUUAAUACAAGUAGUGAAAAUAACAAUAACAGAUGCCAUUAGUGACGGAAGGAAAAGAGAAGUCAGAACGACACGAGAAAAAAGAGAUUUGUUUGGCUAAGGGCCACGGUCAAGGCCUAUUGUCCAGGAUUAACAGAAAAGCAUGUAUCAAAAAGUAAGGUGUUAAAAAAGAAAAGCAGUGGGACUGUGUUGUUCAUUGUUCUGCAACACCUCACAUUUGGGAACAUGCCUUUGUUAACCCCAAUUAUACGUAGUUCACAAAACCUGCUGUUUUCUAAGACCAAGUUCACUUUGCUGGAAGGGGAGGGAGGGAGGGAAGGGAGGGAGAAAGGAAGGGGAUACGAUAACAAAAAACUGGGUUGCAUUUAAAAAGUAGGCAGGUGGGAGGAGAGCAUCCAGAGAGAACUAUGCCGUUUUGUGUAGUUAAGAAGUGUUUGCUGUACUAUAAUAUCAACCCUGGUGAGAUUUAACAAGCUUUAUGGCCAAUUUGCACUAUGUGAUACAAUCUAACUUGUUCUCAACAUGGAUUUUCUUUACAUGCAUGAAACCAAACACAGGCCUAUGUUGUCUAUUGUUACCUAUGCAGCAUUUUCUAUUGUGAGAACACUCCCAUUUAAAGCGCUUUGAUAAGGAAUAACUGGGAUUUGUAAAAGCUACAUCAUAGUGAAGCAAUAUUUGGGUGUGCCCACACAGUAGUAUGCACCACAAAGCAUAAACGCAUUGGUUUUAUUUUACCAAGGUUUGUCACCAGGGGGACUUGUGAUCUGGGGUUGAAGGAAUGAACCCCCUUCUUGUGCAUGAAGGUGGUACCCUUUUCCUUGACAUUGACCUGCUACUUUUAAGUCUAAAGCUCCCAAAUUCUUAAAACAACACAACAAAAACAUCAGUUGCAUGUGCAAGUCACUUUUAUAAGUAAGGUACCAAUCCAACUUGAAAUGCAUCUAAUGAUCCAUCAAUCGCCCAGAUAUUCCUCAUCAUGAAAGGACUGUAUAAUCCUGAAUACAGUACAAAUCCUAUUCCCUGUCCCGUUACAGCACAAGUGUAACAAAAUGGUAUGUUGUUUUAUUGUUUUGUUUGAGUGAAAGUCAUGAUGUUUACUUUUGAUAUUACUUCUCACAUCCGUAUACGUAUUCAUUUUUGUUCAUCUUUCAGCUUUGUUAUGGAAUAGUAGUAGCAGCAGUAGACUAUUUUAUGUAAAAUUGAGAUGACUCUCUAAAGAUUUGGGAGUUUUAGGGACUUUUCGCUUUUUAUUGUUUUAUGUAUGUUAUUUGUAUUGUUUUUUAAAGGAAAUCCACUUACUUGGUUAAAUACAGUGAAUGUGGAUUGACUCUUUUAUUUUUAUAUUUUGCAACUAGAAGCUAAUUUCAUUUUCCAGUGUGUUUUACAUUUAGAUCUCUCAACGGUUUUAUUUUUACUAUUAUACCCAAGACAACUUUUUUGUCUAUUCAUGCUUUUCUACUUUUCUCGGCCUGACUUAUUAAGAAUGUUAAUGUUCUUUUUAUUAAUUAGGAGAACAGGUUAUCUUUUUUCCAAUGAUAUUGUGUUUGUAACAUUUGACAAGAAGUUUUACAAUAGCCACACUAUUGUAGUUGAAAUAAAGCAGUUAUUUGAAAGCUCAAACAACAUGAUGAUGAUGAACUCUGACUCUGAUUGAGGCUCUAUCAUUUUAACAGACCUCAAGAUGCAAACGAACUGAAACAACGGUUCAAGCUGCAUCUGUAACAUAUUUGUGAAGUUUCCUACAGCCCCAUUAACAAAGUUCCCAAAUCAAAAUCAUCGAUCUCAGAGUACAACAACAAAACAUGCAGGAUGUUUAUACUCAAACUGCAUCGGGAGGAAGUAUUUCAAUAAGGUUAGAAUAUUAACUUUCUCAUUGAUUGGCAUAGUUCAUUUUUUUGCACAUAUAUUUGGGAAACUGGGGGAGAAAGAGUUUAUUUUGUGUCUCUAACUGAAGAUUGUGGAAAACAUACUUUCUGUCUGAGGCCAUAAGUGGGAUAUGAGGUGCAUUGUGUGACUUGGCUGAGUUUGAUAUUGUUAUGUCAUAUGUGUGGUUUGUGUUAAGGUACCCAGCAGUAUGAAGUUAAAGUAUCUUUGACUCAGCCAGAGCAUUGGGUAUGUACAUUGAAAUUUUGCUGGACAGUCAGAGACAGUACAGUUUGGGAUGGUCUCUUUAAGAAGUGAGUUGAUUAUGUUAUGUAUGAACUACAGCUUGACAGUGGCCAAGGGCCCUACAUUUUUAAAACCUGUGGGUGUUCUCAUGAAAUCCACCAUUACAUUUCUGUAAUUCAACCAUCUUUAUGGAUUUAAACAGCACGUUCAGCUUAAGAGACAUUAUUAAGGAAGUGAUUAUAAAAGAUAGACAUUUUUAGGUGAUAUAAUGUGACCCCAGCGUACCAUCAUGUGCUCAACACACCCACCCAAUCAAUUAUUGUACCAAUAUUUAAGUGGUUACCCACCUCAGUUAAUACCACAUCCCUCUAUUCUCUUAAUGCAGGCAUUAAGGCAAAAGAAAACACAAACACAUUUAUUUUGUCUUUCUUUUUUCAAUCUACUUUGACCGCUUUUGGUUUAUGUUAUUUAUUCAUUGUUUUUUUCUUAGAGAUCCAAAGAAGAACUCGGGCCGCUUGUACACAGUCCCCCUAGUUUCAUGUACUUUUGUGUGGUCCUACAGUUUUAAGGUUGAGCUUGUCCUUUUCUGUAACAUGUGAUAUUCAUUACAACAUGUUGGAUUUGUUUCGUAAUAAACAUGUACGAAUUAUUGCA